GUCGACCGACGCUCCACGGCGUUGCAGGCUCUCAAGAUUUGACAAUUUAGCUUCAUAAAACAGAAAAAAAUUCCGCACGGACCUCACUGACCGCCAGUCUUCGACAUCUCGCGCAACCUUUCCAUAGGCUUGAUUUAUUCUUCUAACUUAUUGACGAUAUGUGGUGUGAUAAUUGCCUGCUUCUCCUCCCUCUUCGGGGUGGUGCCAUCGCUUGGGGUGUUGUGAUUCUGCUCUACAGCGUUGUGGGCGGAAUCUUCCUGUUCAAAUGGGGCCCAUACUUCUUCUUCAAUUACCCUGAAGCACAAAUCUAUGGUGGGAUUGCUAUGGCGGUCGGCGCAACUGCUCUGAUCAACAUGCUUGCGCUUUCCAACAGGUCUUAUAUCUGGACACGUGUAUGCAAAUUUUUGUGGCCCUUCGUGCUCGUCAUUUCGGCGAUCCGUGCAGUAAUUAUGAUCGUGGAGCUACAGCGGGGGAAGGACAAGAUCGAAUGGGAGUGCGCUAAUGGUGGUGUCGUGUGGUCGAGCACUGCUGAGACCACUAGCACUGGGACCAUCCCAGGGACCUUCUGCACCGAGGGUUUCUCAAACAUCAACAUCGCAUUCAUCAUCUCCUUGCUGGUUGAUCUCGGUUUUCAGAUGUACAUGGUCUUCCUCAAUUGGCGGUUCUCCAAGCGGCUGGAGCAUUAUCAGACAAUGAAAGGCCCGUUCGUUGGAGGUUAUUAUAACGCUUAAUCCCAGACGGGGACCUUCUCGCCUGUUUCCCCGGAUCUCUCGCUGUCAUGGACGUGGACUUUCCUUCUCGCGAUGGGGCUGUGUUCUUCCUUAUUAACGACUUACUCACGACCUUUACGACACUUUACGCCGUCCGCGCUCCUUUCCAUAAUGAGAUAUCUUAACGAAC